AUGGGAAUCACAAAUAAUAUGCGGUUUCAUGGUGAGAAGAUGGGCGACACAACCAUUGUUGAGAAGAUAUUGCGGUCUUUGUCACCGAAGUAUGAUUAUGUGUCUGCUCAAUUGAAGAGUGUAAAGACAUUGAUGCGCUCACCCCUUGAACUCCAAAAGGAAGAGAUAGAGGUUGAGGAAGGGAAAGAAGCAGCGAAGAUAGCUGGAAUAGAGAUGGUGGCCGGUUGUAGAAACCACGUGUGCGGUAACAAGUCUUCUUUCUCUCAUCUCGAUGAAAUUCUUCAAACUACUGUGUCUUUUGGAGAUAAAUCUACUGUUGAUGUAGUGGGAAAAGGUGAUAUUAGCAUAAGAAACAAGAAUGGUUUUGUAGAAUCAAUUUCAAAUGUUUUCUUUGUGUCUGCUUUGAAGAGUAACUUGUUAAGUGCUGGUCAAUUACAAGAAAAAGGAUAUAUGAUUACAAUAUCCAAUGGUUCUUGUGAAAUCUAUGAUCCUUUCAGAGGUGCUAUUGCAGUGGUUCCAAUGAGUUCUAACAGGUUGUUUCCCUUGGUAAUUGAUUGUGUUCAACCAUACUUGAUGGCUAAAGGGAAGGACGACUCAUGGCUUUGGCAUUAUCGCUAUGGUCAUUUUAAUUUUGGGGCUUUGAGGUCAUCUUAA